AUGACCCGCCCAACAAUGCAGCAGCGUCUAGCGAACCUGUGCUCCCGCAAGUUCCUGACAAUCCUCCUUCUCGGCCAAUUGCUCUCGCUUUGCAUUACCGCCACCACCAUUUUCACCACAAAGUUGGCCCAGGGUGAUAACCCGGUCUCGAUCCCCACCACACAGUCGUUCUUGAACUAUUUGGUCCUGGGGAUUGUGUAUACGAGUGUGACGAUUUAUAAGAAGGGGUUUUGGGGGUGGAUUGAGAUCAUGCGUCGGAGGGCCCUGUACUACAUGUUGUUUGCGGUGAUUGAUGUAGAAGGGAACUACUUUGUGGUAAAGGCCUACAACUACACAUCCCUCCUCUCAGCAAUGCUCCUCGACGCAUGGACAAUCCCCUGUGUCGUCCUCCUGUCGGUCUUCUUCCUCAAGAUGCGCUUCAUCCGGUACCACUACCUCGGUGUCUUCUUUGCCAUGGCCGGGAUGGGCUUCUUGAUCUGGUCGGACAUGGAGGCUGGGAAGGAUUUCCCGGGUUCGGAUUAUGUCAAAGGAGACCUGUUCUGUCUCCUUGGGGCGUCUCUUUAUGCGGUAUCGAACGUCUACCAGGAGUUCUUGGUCCGCCAGACCCCUCUGUACGAGGUCGUAGGUCAAUUGGGGUUCUGGGCGACCAUUCUGAACGGGAUCCAGUUGGCGAUUUUGGAGAGGAAUGAGAUCCGGAAUGUCAAUUGGACGCCAGAGGUUGUGGGGUACAUUAUCGGGUUUGAUGUGGCGCUAUUUAUGAUGUACUCUGUCUCGCCGGUGUUGUUCCGUCUGUCGAGUGCGACGUUCUUUAAUUUGAGUUUGUUGACGAGUGACUUUUAUGGACUCAUUUUUGGCAUCUUCCUCUUCAACUCCAAGAUCAACAAGCUGUACCCGAUCGCGUAUAUAUUGAUCAUCGGAGGAAUCGUCGUCUACAACAUCUACCCGGCCCCUGAACCGCAGUUCAAGAAGAUCCUCCAGGGUGAAGGUCGUAACGAGAAGGAUGCCAAAGUCCAGCUUGACUCUUCCCAGCAAGAUGGCGAUGCUCAUGUUCCUCCUCCCUACGAUGGAUCCGCCAUGGUCUAA